CCCCCCCCACCCUCUCCUGGCUCCGGAAUAUGUUCUCUCGCACUGUAUCUCGCGUCCUUCUGCGUGCUGGCCCGCCUCUGCGCGCCCAGACCGCCCGCAUUCCGAUGGCUCUGGCUCAGCCUGUUGAGUCGGCCUCUGCCCGUGGUGUUGCCCGCAUGUACUCGCAGGAGGCUGGCGCUGCUGCCACCGCCUCCCGCAGCGCUACUGCUACCCACCGUAAGGCCAUGCAGGAGCGCAUUGCCAAGGACCGCAUGAAGAAGCGGAUCAUCAUGGCGGCCGUGGGUGUCGUCGGUCUUGCUGGCGCGACGCACCUGUUUUUCCAGCGCUUCGGCGCCCAGCUGGCCGUCUAUGUGACCCCAACGCAGCUUCUCGGCGAGGAGAUCGAUGACCCGUCGCUGCUGCAUGCCUUCCUCGAGCCGGGGCAGGUGACCAUCAAUCCCCCCUCGGCGGAUGUCCUCCAAUCGAUGCCGGUCAUUCGCGUGGGCGGCAUGGUCAAGCCCGGGUCCUUCCGGUCGCUGGACUACAUGCACCAUUGUGUGUUCAUCCUGACGGAUUUGAUGAACGAUGUGGCCGUCAUCUACCGCGGUGAUGCCAUGCUGCCGGAUCUCUUCAAGGAGGGCCAGAGUGUCGUGGUGGAGGGCCACUUCGACCGGGAGGCCAUGCUGUUCCGCAGUAACCUCCUGAUCGCCAAGCAUGACGAGAACUACGUGUCCAAGGACAUCGCCGAGCUCAUGGAGCAGACCCGGCAGAAGAUGAUGCGCAUCGAGGAGCUCAAGGCUGCCGAGACCGCCGCCCGGGCCGACGCGCUGGUGGCCGCCAACCGCCUGGAGAACCCGGCCAUCGAGUCGCAGCAACUCCCGGCCCUGGACAUGGCCACGCUCCGGUCCUCUCCGGCUGUCGGGAGUGAGGGCGAGCCCGGCUCCGAGCAGCAGGCCACCUCCUCUCCGUCCGAGGAGGAGAAGGCUGGCAAGUGAGCAAAGGAGACACGGGCAGGGCCCCUCGGGGGGGGGGGGGCCUUUUUUCUGCCCCCCGCCCCAGCCCGCCAGAUCGACCAAGCCAUCUGCCGCCGGAACAACCACCAGUGCGCUGAUAUGUAGCCAUCUCCCGCACGUGACUGGGACUUUUCUUCCCGACCAAUAGACUUUCAACAAAUGUAUCGCCCGGGCGUGUCUUGCCCCGCCCCCGCGCGCCCCCACACGUACAUACACACAGGCCCCAGCCCCGCCCCGAACCGGGCAUCUCCCCCCCCCCUUCUAG